AUGGUUCUCAAACUGUGUGUGUGUUUUUCUCUCCUCAGUCUGAAUCCUUACAGCUACGAUGAGAGCUGCGUCUCCAGCAGCGUGGACCACCUCCCGCUCGCCGCCCUCCCCCUCCUCGCCAUCGUCUCUCCGCGUUACCAGGACGCCGUGGCAACCGUCAUCGCCCGAGCCAACCAGGUGUACCGCAGCUUCCUGCAGUCGGAGGACGGACAGGGCUUCAGCGGUCAGGUGUGUCUGAUGGGCGACUGUGUGGGCGGAGUCCUGUGCUUCGACGCGCUGUGCUUCAGUAACCAGCAGAGAUGCGGCAGCAGGAACGACAGCACCGAGAGCCUCAAGGAAAACUCGGGGGGUCUGAACAGAGACUCCAGUCCUGGUCUAAGCUCCAGUAAAAGACUGAGCAAGAGCAACAUCGACGUCUCUGCACCGAACGAAGGUCACGGUCAGACGGAGCCGCCGCUGAGUCGCAAACAGAGCGACUCGUACGACGGAGACACUUCGUCCACCGGACAACACGGAUUCUUCUCCAGUUUAAUGAAAGAGAACACAGAGCUGCGCGGCGGCGGCAGCAGCAGCACCAGCGCCACCUGUCUGCUGCUGAACCCGGGGCGGUUUGAUUUCGAGGUGUCCGACUGUUUCCUGCUGGGAUGUCCGCUCGGACUCGUGCUGGCCAUGAGACGCACCGUUCUCCCGGCUGUCCACGUGAAUCACCUCCACCCGGCCUGCGCUCAGGUUUUUAACCUCUUCUACCCGUCGGAUCCGUCCGCCUCCAGACUGGAGCCUCUGCUGCAGCCGCGCUUCCACAAGCUGCCGCCGUUCGCCGUUCCUCGCUACCAGCGCUACCCGCUGGGCGACGGACGCUCACUGCUCAUCGUGGAGAACAUCCAAAGCCAUGCAAGUGUGUUUUUGGAAGGUGAGCAAACUCAAGGAGGUUCACAGCAGUCGUCAGGGAGCAGCACUGACGGAGGAGGAGGAGGAGGAGAGGGAGGUGGAGAGGGAGGUCGCAGAGCCAGUGUGACCAGCGUGGAGAGUGGGACGUCCAUUUGCUCCGUGGGUCAGCUGGGAAACACCAUCGCUAACAUCUCCAGCAGCUGGUGGGGUUCUAAAAGGCUGGACUACGCCCUCUACUGUCCCGACGUACUCACUACGUUCCCCACUGUGGCUCUUCCUCACCUCUUUCACGCCUCCUACUGGGAAUCCACUGACGUUGCAGCCUUUGUUCUGCGGCAGCUCAUGCGCUGCGACUGUGUGAAGACACAGGAGGCGGAUCGUUUGGACUCGGCUCCGUUUUCUCCGUCCAGCCCACGAGAGAAGUGGCUCAGGAGGAGGACACACGUCAAACUGAGGAACGUCACGGCCAACCACAGAGUGAACGACAUCAUCGCGACCGAGGACGGACCUCAGACUCUGGUGGGACGCUUCAUGUACGGCCCUCUGGACAUGGUCACUCUGACCGGGGAGAAGGUGGACGUCCUGCUCAUGACUCAGCCUCAGUCUGGACGCUGGGUGCACUUUGACACCGAGGUGACCAACAGCAGCGGCAGAGUCACGUACACCGUUCCCAAGAGCAAGAAGCUCGGCCUGGGAGUCUAUCCCGUCAAGAUGGUCGUCAAGGGAGACCAGACGAGCGCAGAGGCCUAUCUGACCGUGUUACCGCGCUGCAUGGAGUGCGUCGUCUUCAGCAUCGACGGCUCGUUCGCCGCCAGCGUGUCCAUCAUGGGCAGUGACCCCAAGGUCCGUCCGGGAGCUGUGGACGUCGUCAGGCACUGGCAGGACCUGGGUUACCUGAUCAUCUACAUCACAGGUCGUCCUGACAUGCAGAAGCAGCGUGUGGUUUCUUGGCUCUCGCAGCACAAUUUCCCCCACGGCAUGAUCUUCUUCUCUGAAGGCCUGGUCCAUGAUCCGCUGCGACAGAAGACCAUCUUCCUCCGAAACCUGGUCCAGGAGUGUCAUAUAAAGAUCAACUCUGCUUACGGCUCCAUGAAGGACAUCUCUGUUUACAACAUGCUCGGCCUCAGCCCGGCACAGAUUUAUAUUGUCGGUCGACCUUCGAAGAAAUACCAAAAUCAGUGCCAGUUCCUGAGUGAGGGUUAUGCCGCUCACCUCUCCACUCUGCAGUUUGGACACAGAGCCAGACCCAAGAAAUCCCCCUCAGUCCGCAUGGUCCUGAGAAAAGGUUCAUUCGGUCUCUCGGCUAAGCCGGACUUCCUGUGCAAACGCACCCACCUGCGCAGGACCAUGUCUGUGCAGCAGCCCGACCCGCCGUGCACGCCCAACCCCAAACCUGAGCGAGCACAGAGCCAGCCCGAGUCUGACAAAGACACGGAGGAGGAGGAGGAGGAGGAGGAAGAGGAGGAGGUGCAGGAGGAGGACAAGGUCCAUGGGGACGAUCCACCAUACAUCGUGGAGACACGACUCCCUGACGUCAAAAACAGAGAGGGAUGGAUUACAGCGAGGCUGAAGAAGAGGAGAACAAAGAGGUUUAAGUGUCCAGGGCCAAGCUCCUGCUUCCUCCUCCUUGGCCCUCGACACUUUUUGUCACCUGUUGUGUUUCUUCUUCCUGAGCUGAUGUGGAGAACGUCUUUGUGCCUCUUGUUCGAGGAGACGCAGGAGCAAAAGAUGCCAAGUGUUUGUGUUUUUUUGUUUUUUUUUACUGUGAUAUCAGAGGAGUUUGCUUGUUGGUGGAUUAUGGAUUAUCAGCAGAUCAUGAGACGUCGCAGCGUCCACACUGCUGUGUCGGCAGCUGCUCGUGUAAAUACUCGCCACUCGUCUGGACACAGAAGCUCCGACUGUGGAGGUUUACCUCGCACACGAGCUCAGACCCGUCGAGCUCUGGAUGUCUGACGUUUGUGACGUUUUCCUCUCACUGAGCCAACGACUCCGGCCCUUUUUGCUCUUCCUUGUUUUGGAGCAGUCGGGCGGAACACACGGUGUCACCGGAGCGCGGGUCACGCUCGACUCGGCUCUGCCGUCGGAUUUUUUGCAUUUGCACUAUGGAAGCAGGGACACCUCAUUCCUCAGUAAACUUACUGUGAUUCUAGGACUUGUAUUUACGUUGUUCUUGUAACAACUGGAGGAUUCAACAAAAGUGAAAAGUGGUGAUUUGAACAUAAAAAUGUUUACAGAUUGAAGAAAUCUGGGGCCUCAUUUAUAAAAGUCACCUGGCGAAACAUGCGUCUGCAACUCUUACCACACAGAGUGGGAUUGAUAAAGAAAUUCCACGUGGAAAACAUUGACUGUGACGCAGUGAGAUCAUGAAAUAAAAAUCUCCGUCCUCAGUUAUGAUAUCAAAUGAGCUUCAGCAGCAGCCCUAACCUUAACCCUUGAAUAAUCCCUUAAAAAUGUGAGGACCUGACAAAAUCCAGUCCAUCUUUAUUGGUGAAGCUCGUUAAAUCAACCACACUGGACCAAAGUGCUGCACAGAAGAAUAAAUGAAAGGUUUAUAACCUCCCACAAACCAAUAAAAUACAUGUAAAGACUUAAAAACAACUAAAAACUAAAAGUAAAUGGAAUGUUAACAAUGUUAAUAUUAGGCGUGAGGGGAAAAUUCUGCUGCUGCCAAGGCUCCAAAAAGUUUAAUUUUAAAUGAUUCCUGAUGCUCUGACAUCAGAAAUUUGACAUUUUAUUUCUGCCGUUCUUUCCCGCGUCGAUGAUCCAUUAAUUAGGUCUGGAUAUUCUUUAAGUACGAACGAUGAUUGGACGAUUGUUGUAAGACACUGAGAACAGAACACUGCAGGUUCUUUGCAGGUGUUUGUUUAUUUUGUGCCACGACAUUUUCUGAAUAUGAAUAUUUUCCUUGAUUUUGUGAUUUCCAGCGUUCGCCAGGUUUCCGUACAGAUUCUACGCCGAUUUUUAAAAAUGAGGCUCCCGGAGUUUGUUUACAUGACGACAGUUUGACAUAUUUACAGUAAUAAGUGUAAAUGUAAUUCUUGGUAACGUUAGUUUAGUGGCUCGCUCGCAGGAUUCUGUGUCAUAGACGGAAUCCGUUACAUACGACAGCGAUUUGUGAUGAGAUCUGACGUCGUGUAGAAUAAAUAAAUAACAGUGUGACCAUGUUUUAAAAACUCUGUGCAAGUCAAACUUAUUUUUCUAUGAGGAAAUAACUGUAAAUAGAACUAUUUUCAUCGUCUAUGUUUUGGAACCUUUUACUUGUUGAACGGUUGAUUUUUGCCUUAAACUGGAUUUGAUGUGUUUGUGUUUGUUAGAUAAACAAAAAAAAACAACGAUUAUUUUACUUCUUUGACCAAAGUAUUGAGUUUUGCUCACAGACAUAGACCGUAUAUUAAAAGUGGGCGUGGUUUUCUAGUUUGUCGUCACACAACCCAAAUAUUCGUAAUGUGGUGCGUAUGAGGCGAAUGUCGCGACUUAAGAUCGAUUUUGAGUUUAUUCCGAGCUUGUUCUCCCAUUUUUUUUUAAAAGCUCUCUGUAGAUAAAACUUAAGUUUUUCUUGUUGGACGUCAAACACAGACGUCAGUCGCAGAAUUGUUCGCCAAAUUGUUUGGCAAUGGUUUUUCGCCAAAAUUGACAUUUUUUUCAACGUACGUUUACGUUUUUACGUAAAAAUGCUAAUGUGCCACAGUAUUCGUUAAAUGCCUGUGCGCUAACUUUUUUUGUGAGACUGCGCCAAAAUCGCCCUAUGUGACUAAUGACUAAAACAGUUGACUUAAUACGAUGCUACCUCCUUGACUUUUAUUUUGGUGCCCCUACAACAGUUUUUUGUUUCAGUAGCCACCGGGGGGCGACUCUGCUGGUUGCAAAAAUAACUCUGAAAAGAACAGUAAAAAUUUGCGUAAAUGUCUGUAAAUGUUCAAUAUUAUCGGCAAAAUAUCGGUAUUAGACAUUUUAGCUUGAAAGUGUUUUAUCAGAUAUUACUGAACACGUAACAAGAUCCCCCAAAUCAACGAAUGACAAACACUCGCUGAAUAUUAGAGGUGGGGGAACAAAUGCAGGUGAAAUAUUGCGAUAUUUUGCGUGGUGAUAUUUGUAUUGCUUUGUAAACACCAAGUGUCAAAUUCGUGUUUUAUUUUUGCAUGUAUGUUUUUUAACUGAGGUGACAAACGUUGAAUUUUAAAAGUGAGAGCUGUUGUGUGGAUAUAUCGCAGUAUGUACGUUACUUCUUGACUUCUAUGCUAGCGUCAUCCACCGCUUUUUAUUUUGCACAAUGAAGAAAAUUUACAUGAGUACGAAAAACAUGACGUUAUUUUCUAUCUAACCUUUUUUGUUUUGAUUAUCGGCCAAAAGACAAUAUUGUGCGUCCCUACAUAUGAGUGGACACCAGUGUGAUUGACAGCUGGUAUCGUCCAAUAGGAGCCACAUUUUUUAAACCUUGUGGCUUCAAAACGGGAGUUGGUUUUGCAAGACUCCGCCCAUUUUUAUAUACAGUCUGUUUUUCCUGUUACGUCACAUUCGUCAAAGUGUAUUUUUAUCGGCUGACAUUUUGUUUUAAAGCUUGUGUAUAUACGUGUGUGUGUGUGUGUGUAAGUUGAGUUGUGGUGGAACUGUAGUAACAGUGUGUGUGUUUGCAUACCUGCAUGUUCUCAUUGCAGUACAGUGUGUAUUUUUACAGGUGUGUGUGUGUGUGUGUGUGUCUGUGCGUGUAGUUUUGAGGAAACGCUCGUGCAGUGGAGCGUGCGAGCCACAGGGAGGCGCUGCUGUAUCUAUGACUUGUUUUCUUUUACCUCCUGAACUAUAAUCCAGUAGGUGGUGCAGUAAUUAUCUCUGAUUACCACUGUGUGUGUGUGUGUGGCUCCCUGUAGUGACGCCCCUGUAAUCGUAGAAACACCAAUUAAGUCGGUGAUUGUAUGAUAUUGUAGAAACACUGAAAUACUCUGUAAAAGUAUAAACAUUAUUAUUACACAAGCCCGCGAAUGUACACACAACGAACCAGUGACUGUGUCAGUCUGUGUCACACACACACGUGUGAGGAUGUUUUUCUGUCAUGGUUUGAAACCAGAGCAGUGAAAUAUUCAAGCAUUUUAGCAGAGCAACGUUUAGUAAAUGGCAAAUUACGAUCCACUGGUGAUUCUUCUCUUCAUGUUCGUUAUCGGCAGUUGUUUCCGACCGCCGCGCCUCCCUCGCAGUCGUCAUUUGUGAAUAAGCGAGGACUAAUUAUUUAUGAACACAUUAUUAACACGCUUACAUUUGUGAGAAAUAAUUGUAACUGAGGCAAAGUGCAGAUGAUAAUGUUCCCUCCUUAUACUUUCACUCAUUUAGUGAAAUGAAUGGAAACUGAAACAGACUUUUAUGGAAUAAGAUCAAGACCAUUUUGUGUUAAUUGUUUAAUUUGUCUUUUAUAAGAAAUGUUCUUCCUGAAAAUUAAAUUAAGUGUACUUUUACUUCAGGGCUGCAACAGUUUAUCAAUGAAUCGAUGACUAAAUAAUUUGCCAGUUCUCGUGUCCAAGUGAUUUUUCAGCUUCUUAUAUUUGAAUAUUUUCUGGUUUCUUUGCGUCAUAAAACAAAGAUCAUUAAAAACUGAAUCAGGACUCAUCGAUAAAUGAUUAUUCAAUUGUGAAAAGAGUAUUAAAGAUAAAUAGCAGAGAUUAACUGAAAUAUAAAUCAACAAAACUACUGAUAUUUAAACCGUAAAAUGUCGAGUGUUGGUCAAGUACAACACAACAGACUGAUGACAAAAUAAUAAAUGAAAAAUCCCCUUCAUGAAUUCUUUGGGUUCUUUUAUGCUUGGUCAUCUUUUAUUUUGAUAAUCUGGCCGACUGUGCUUGAAAAUUGACAGAGAGAAGUAUAUUUGUGUGAUAUUUUGAAAUUUAGUCGUCUGGUUUUUUUGGCAUCAUGUCUAAAAUACACCGUGUAAAGCAAUUUGUUACAUUCACCACCUUAAGUACAAAAAUGUACCAGUUCAAACCCAUCAUAAACUCAUUUUAGAUUAUAAAAUGCAUUUUAUGUACAUUGUUGAACAUUUUGAAUUCCUUGCCUCAGAUUUGGGUAUUAUUAUUUUAUUAUUGAGCAUCAUACUUUACCCUGAUUUCCUCAUUUGGUAUGGAUGUAAUUUUACUGGUAGAGCAGCAUGUGACCAUGACUGACACUGAAAGUAUUGAACAUUAAUAUUGUUUUGUUUCUAAUGAUCAGGAUUGACGUUGGUUUUAAAAAAAAAUAGAUGUUUAUUGAAAGUUGAAGAUUAAAAGUUUAAUAGCAGUUAAUGUGGAUGGGACAAUUUUGGACUUACGGUGCUGUGAAUGUAGUUCUUUUUAAAAAGUGACACAACACGAAAACAAAAUAAUGUAAGUUCAUGUAGAAAAACAUUAAUGCUGUAAUGAAAAAAAUAACAGGUUUAAAUCCAUUAUAAAUGAUCCAUAAUUUGGUUUUGAUGAACCCUGACCACUGAACCCUCACGUGUGCGUUCAUGCGUGAAAUUAAAGGUUUUGCUCUGUAACGUCACAGAAAUAUUCUCCAAUUUCAACUGCAUGCAGUCUGAUCUCAUUCUGCUUUACUUUAUCAAGUCCUUUAUGAUGGAGAAGUUAAAGGGGGUCAGUGUUAAUCCAAGUCCAGAACAAAGCUGAGAAUUUAUAUUUUGAUAAUCUGAUUGGCUGUGUUAAUGUAUAACGCUUUAAAACUGAAAAAGAUUAGUGUUUUUAUGUGAUCUUUUCAAAUGUUGACUUCUGUUUCUGUGGCAUUUUUGUUGCAUUCAUCAGCUAAGGAACAAAAACGUCCCCCUUCAAACCAUUUUAAAUGAAAUAUUUUGAGAUUAUUAACUGACAUCUUUGUGCAUGUCCUUAUUCCAUCCUCAAAUAUUCAUAAUUUACCAGUGACUAAGUACGAAUUUGUGUUGUCAAAGAGUCUAAUUUGCCAUUUAUUAACAAUUUGUAGGUCUUUAAAAAGUUAAAGAAGUUUUUGUAAGUUAACGGUGAGUUCAUGGUCUGAGCUUUUUAUUUACCUUUGUGGUUUUAUUUAGGUAACACUUUACAAUGAGGGUACAUCAAUUAGCGUUAGUCAAUACUGUUAUUAGCAUUUACUAUCAGUUAAGCUUUAACAAUUUAUUCAUGUUAUUCAGUUUAAUUAACUUAUUUAUUCAUAUAAUAUUCAAAGGUCUAGAAGCUAUCGUUGCUUGACUAUAAUUAAGCAUUUAUUAACCUGUAAUUAACCGUUAUUAAUGCUCCUUGUGACUGUUAUUGUAAAAAGGGAAACAUGAUACACAAAUGUGUUAGUAUGUAGAGAAGUGGAGCAUUAAUAACAGUUAAUUAAUGGUUAAUAAAAGCUUAUUUAUAGUUAAGUAACAUUAUCACUAUCAACCCUUGAAUAAUGUAUGAAUUAAUACCUUAACUAACCUUAGUAAACAUUAACUAACGUUAGUAAAUGCUUAUUAUAGCAUGAACUAAUGUUUAUUAUAAAGUCUUACUGUUUAUUUGAACACUGACUGUGGCCUUUUUAUUUAACUGUGGGGAAAAAACUGUUUUUUUUGUUCCGCUGUGAUGAUGAAGAUAAUUGUUGUGGUUAUUGACGUCACUUCUUAUCGCUGUAUAAAUAAAGAUACUACACACUUG